CGCUGCUGAUGAGGCCGGACGAAGUUGGGAGGGUCGUUGUGCUUUCGUUGUUGCCCUCCGCCGACUCGACUCACUGUCCCCGCCACUGCCACUAAUACCACUGACACCACCAUCUCCUCCUCCUCCUCCUCCACCUGCCUCUGUCCACCCCAUGUCGGCGGCACUGACUCCUCCGACGACUCCCACCACGACUCACAUGUAUUCGGUGCAAGCCAAGCCGGUGCAUGUCAAUUCUGGAGCCGCCGCCCCGUCGAAGCCCUACGAGGCUUCGAGAAUGUCCAGGGGACUGCCCAUCAAUGCGCUGCUCUCCACCCCCACCACAGAGCCCGCGCAGCCCGUGGAUGCUGUCCACAAGUUUGUCGAAAAUGGAAGAACGUACUAUAGGUACCGCCAGGAUAUGUACAUGUUUCCCGCUGACGAUACGGAACACGAGCGUCUGGACAUCAUUCACAACCUGAUCUAUGGCACUGCGAUGAAUGGCCAAUUGCACAUUGCGCCCUUUACCGGCACACCACGCAGAAUACUGGACAUUGGCUUUGGCAGUGGGUUUUGGAUGAUUGAGGCUGGCAAGAAGUACCCCACCACGGAAAUUAUUGGAUUCGAUCUGGACAAUGCUCUGGGAUCCGCCGUCCUAGAUAAUUGUCAGUUUCGAUCUCCCGUGGACUUCACUGCUCCUCAAUGGGAGAUCGAGGACGGCUCGGUGGACUUGGUGCACAUGUCUCAGCUGUGCGGCUGCGUGCCAAGCUGGCCAGAUCAAUAUGCCAAAGCAUUCAGAUCACUACGACCCAGUACAGGUUGGAUCGAGCACAUUGAGUUUGACUGGAUGCCUCGAAGUACGGAUUCCCAGAUACCGCCACAAGCGAAUGAUUUGGUGCAUUGGUGGCAUUGGAUGCUAUCGGCUUCAGAUCAAGCGGGAAAGUCGUUACGAUUUCGCGAGGAUACCGAAGACCUACUGGAGAAUGCAGGUUUCGUAGACGUCAGCCACAAGAGAGUGCGAGUGCCACUGUUCAAUGCCGGAACAAAGGACAAGCGGGAACGAAAGCUUGCACACGCAUAUCAGACAGCCAUGGGCCACCAGGGCUCGCAGUCAUUUACUGGCUUCACAAUGGCAUUGUUCACGAGAUACCACCGACUGCCGGCUCCACAAGUGGCAGACAUUUGCGCCCGAGCGCUGUCCGUCGUGCAAGGCCAGCCCAUGCCCCUCUACAUUACUCUACAUAUUUACACUGCAAGGAGACCCCAAAGCUGAUCCGCACCUGCCUAAUCGUACGCUUUCCGCGACUUCCACGCUCAGACCGCACGCCACAUGCGGCCCGCGUAUGCGGCAUCUCGCUAUGCGAGCCCGACGAACCUUUCGCAUUCCGAAUACAUGGUUGUCUUGGCAAGCAAGCGAUGCCGCCAGAUUGUGGAAUACUGCUUUUACGACCAUAAUGUCUACGCGUCUCUAUAUGGAUGUGCAUCAUAAAGCAUUGGGGCUGCUGCACAGGCCCCGAUACUCGCGGCAUAUGGAGGCCUCUUGGCACAGACUUUACGACCAACAGCACGCAUAUCAUCUUCGCCAGAUAUGAACCGUAUCCUGGCGUGGGAUCUUUGGACUUCCAGCGACGACUCUCCAAAAAAUUUUGUACAAGCACGGCGCUUAUCUUGUCUUCACACUUUUGGUCCCUUGCGAUGUUUUUCCAUCUCUGUAACAUCUCAAAUAUGGCCAGAUCUCGUAUACUCUUAGCGAAGGCGUUCCGGCAAUUAUGGCAGCAAUGUGACGACGAAAUCAUGUCUAUCAGGGAUUGGGAAUGCAUACCUCGUGGAUUUACAGCGAUACGACACGUUCACAUGAGCAACGUGGGAAAGUUUGGUCUGGCAAGGCCCCACGAGUCCAAUGGACUCGUGUAUGGUAUGUGGGGGACGAGCAGACGUCAGGACACACUGUUCACCUGGAGUUCGGUGUCCGGACGGAGAUGCAUGGAUAUAUUGACGGCCGCAACGUAGUUUUAGCUGGCAAUGUCACGGGUCAGCAGCAGGGAAUAUUUCCCACCUAGACCAGGGCCUGUGGAAGGCGCCGAGGUCUUUAAUACCUCAUACGGGGUCUGUGCACGCUUGGUCAUGGCUUUCACUUCACGAGUGACGAUGCACACCCUCGGAGGAUACAUGUACACAUGCAGUAGGUAUGGCCUUCUCGACUCUUUUGGACCCCUGUGGAAGAAGGGCCAUUUGCAGCAGGCGAAACCGAACCAGCAACCCGGGACAAAUUGAGCCUCAGCCCGGUCUGUUCUAACUACCAAUAUCCCUCUAGUAGAUAGGCACAUGUAGAUAUCCUCUGUGCCAAAAAAGUUGAUGCAGUAGUGGUGGUGGAGAACAGCCAGACAGCCAAGCAAACCCAGCCCAUGUUGGAUUUUGAGAUUUGG